AUGAAUAUGAUUAUUGAUAACCCUAAUUUUGAUAGUGAAUUGGAGAUAUUUGCAAUAGCUGCUUCAGAAGAAGUGCAACUAAAUAAUGAGAGACGAUUGGGAUUACAUCGUGGUUCCAUUCAAGGUCAUGCAGUUAUUUAUCGUAAUCGAAUUCAAGGCCAUAAGAGACUUUAUCAAGAUUACUUCUCUGAAACUCUUACAUAUCCUCCUAAUUUAUUUAGGAGGAGGUUGCAGAUGAGUCAAUGUCUCUUUCUUCGUAUUUUAUCUAUGGUGGAAGCAUAUGAUCCUUAUUUUGUCCAGAAACAAGACGCUGUUGGAGUUCUUGGUCUAUCUUCCCUUCAAAAGAUGACAGCUUCUAUGAGGACGCUCGUUUAUGGGGUAGCGAUAGAUUCUGUAGAUGAUUAUGUAAGGAUUAGAGAAAGCACUGCAACAGAAAGUCUAUGA